AUGUAUAUUCUCGAACAACUUGCGCGUCUUCUUGACCGGCCGCUCUUCCCAUGGAAGAACGUGCUCGUGGGAUUCUCGCUGGGGCAGUUUGUCCUGGAGGGUCUGCUGUCGCUUCGCCAGUACAAGGUCCUGCAGCGAACGAAGACCCCUCAGGUUCUGGCGGGAGAAGUCACGCAAAAGGUCUUUGACCAGAGUCAGGCAUACGGUCGCGCCAAGGCCAAGUUUAGUUUCGUUUCCGGUUUGUAUGGUCAGAUCCAGAAUCUCGCGUUCGUCUAUGGCGAUGUCCUGCCCAAGCUCUGGAGCAUCGGCGGUCUCCUGCUUGCGCGGUACUUCCCCAGUCGGUUUCAAGGCGAAGUUUCGCAGACACUUGUGUUCCUCUUCGGCUUCAACAUCAUCAGUACCAUUCUCUCGCUUCCCGUUUCGUACUAUCAGCAUUUUGUCCUGGAGGAAGAAUUCGGGUUCAACAAGCAGACGCUCAAGCUCUGGGUCACGGAUAUGCUCAAGGGUCAGCUCCUGGGAAUUGUUCUGGGAGCACCCAUCAUUAGCGCUGUUCUCAAGAUCAUCCAGAAAACCGGCAACUCGUUCUUCUACUAUCUGUGGCUCUUCGGCAUGUUCGUUCAGGUGUUCGCCAUCACCAUUUACCCGAUUGUGAUCCUGCCGCUGUUCAACAAGCUCUCGCCGCUCGAACCUGGUCCUCUCAAGACUGGUGUCGAGAAACUUGCCGAGAGACUUAACUUCCCGCUCCAGGAGCUGCAUGUCAUUGACGGCAGCAAGCGCAGUGCUCACAGCAAUGCCUACUUUUAUGGUUUGCCGUGGAAGAAGCACAUCGUCCUCUACGAUACUCUGGUUGAGAAGAGCGAGCCAGAGGAGGUUGUCGCUGUGCUGGGCCACGAGCUGGGCCACUGGAGUCUGAGCCACACCACGAAGCUCUUCGGUAUUGCGCAGUUCCACAUGUUCUACAUCUUUGCGCUGUUCUCUGUCUUCGUCAACAACAAGUCUCUGUACCAGUCGUUCGGAUUUAUCAAGGAGCAGCCCAUCAUGAUCGGAUUCAUCCUGUUCUCGGACGCCUUGGCCCCGAUGGACGCCAUCGUCAAGCUCCUGAUGAACAUCCUCAGCCGCAAGUUCGAGUUUGAAGCGGAUUCCUUCGCCCAGAAUCUCGGAUACUCCAAGGAGCUUGCUUCCUCGCUCCUCAAGCUCCAGAUCCAGAACCUGAGCACCAUGGAUGCCGACUGGAUGUACGCCAGCUACCACUACUCGCACCCCAUCCUUACGGAGCGCCUCAGUGCGCUCGGCUGGAAGGGCGGCAAUGUCACUGGCCUCAAGGAGCAGGACAGUGAUCAGCCGGUCAAGGCGGCUGACCGCGAGCUGUAG